GUUCAUCAUCUCUGUCCCUGCCUGUCAUUGAUAAGAGGCGUCAUCGUAGAGGGAGGAGUGUGUGAGCCGUUUGCUCAGCAUCUUAAAGGACCACGGCGUCUCCCAGGUGAUGGAAGUCCUCUGACACACAGUGAUGGAUGAAGCCAGCUGCCACCAUGGCUGCCGCGUUGGAUUGUGCUGCCCAACCCAGGCUGUUUCCCUGUGAAGCCGGAGAGGAGGAAGAGACAACCAGACGGUCCUUAAGCCUCGCAGUUCCACCUUCCCUGUGAAUGAGCCUGAUGCUAACAGCGCUCGACCCCUCGUCCUAACCAGCCGUCACCUGGGUCCUUUCUCCCCCCCUCCUGUGACGGACCAGUCAUGGAUCUCCUGUGGGUGCUGUCAGUGUCCAUGCUGGCUGUGUGCGUCGCCAUUCCCAUGGACGGGGCGGCAGAGAGCCACAGUCUGUUCACCUGUGAGCCCAUCACCCUGCGGAUGUGUCAGGGGCUGUCCUACAACUCCACCUUCAUGCCCAACAUACUGAACCACUACGACCAGCAAACCGCCGCGCUCGCCAUGGAGCCCUUCCAUCCCAUGGUGAACCUGCAGUGCUCUCCAGAGCUCCGGAUGUUUCUGUGCGCGCUCUACGCUCCGGUGUGUACGGAGUACGGCCGGAAGACGCUGCCCUGUCGCCGCAUCUGUCUGCAGGCCAAGAGCGACUGCUACAAGCUGAUGGACAUGUUCGGCGUCAGCUGGCCGGAGGAGAUGGACUGCAACAGGUUCCCAGACUGUGACGCGCCCUACCCCCGUCCUGUUGACCUCCUGUCCAGUUCGGACACCACCGAGUCCCCCAUCGCCGUCCAGAGGGACUACGGCUUCUGGUGUCCCCGGGAACUCAAGAUGGACCCUGAACUGGGCUACUCUUUCAUGGGGGUGCGGGACUGCUCGCCCCCCUGUCCCAACAUGUACUUCACUCGGGAGGAGCUGGCGUUCGCCCGCUACUUCAUCGGGGUGGUGUCCAUCGUCUGCCUGUCUGCCACUCUCUUCACCUUCCUGACUUUUCUCAUCGACGUGUCACGAUUCCGCUACCCGGAGCGCCCGAUCAUCUUUUACGCCGUGUGCUACAUGAUGGUGUCCCUGGUGUUCUUCCUGGGCUUUCUGUUGGAGGACAAGGUUUCCUGUAACGCUGCGAGUCCUGGGAGGUUCCGGGCUUCGACGGUGACUCAAGGCUCCCACAACAAGGCCUGCACUCUGCUCUUCAUGGUGCUGUAUUUCUUCACCAUGGCCGGCAGCGUCUGGUGGGUCAUCCUGACCAUCACCUGGUUCCUGGCUGCUGUCCCCAAGUGGGGCAGUGAGGCCAUCGAGAAGAAGGCUCUCCUCUUCCAUGCCGGUGCGUGGGGCAUCCCCGGCGUCCUCACAGUCACGCUGCUCGCCAUGAACAAGAUCGAGGGAGACAGUGUCAGUGGCGUCUGCUUCGUGGGAAUCUACAACUUGACGGCCCUGCGUUGGUUCAUAUUGGCCCCACUGGGACUGGACGUAGUGGUCGGUGUGGCGUUGCUCCUGGCCGGCAUCGCAGCGCUGAACCGGGUCCGGAUGGAGAUCCCGCUGGAGAAGGAGAACCAGGAGAAACUGGUGAAGUUCAUGAUACGUAUCGGCGUGUUCUCCGUGCUCUACCUGGUCCCCCUGCUGACCGUGCUGGCCUGCUACCUGUACGAGAGCAGCUACAGAGCAGUGUGGGAGACGACCUGGGUGCAGGAGCGCUGCAGAGAGUACCACAUCCCCUGCCCCUACCAGGUGGAGAGCAACAGUCGUCCGGACCUGGUCCUCUUCCUCAUCAAGUACCUGAUGAUGCUGAUCGUAGGAAUCCCCUCUGUGUUCUGGGUGGGCAGCAAGAAGACCUGCUUCGAGUGGGCCAGCUUCUUCCAUGGCAAGAGACGCAAAGAUGCGAUGGUCAACGAGAGCCGCCAGGUGCUGCAGGAGCCCGACUUCGCCCAGCUGCUGCUCAGGGACCCCAACGCACACAUCUCCAGGAAGUCGAGGGGCACGUCCACCCAGGGGACCUCCACCCACGCCUCCUCCACCCACCUGGCCAUGCUGGACGAGCCGCCCAGCGCCAGCACCAGCCGGGCCGGCUCGGUCCGCAGCGCCCGCUCCAAAAUGAGCAGCUACCACGGCAGCCUGCACCGCAACAGAGACGACAGAUACACAGCCUCCAGUUUCCGGGCCAUAGAUGACCGACUGCCCUACGGUAGCAUGCCUCGCCUCAACGACCAAUCACAGCCCAGGCACUGCAGCACCAAUCGUCUGGAAGGCCUAUCGCGACACGGCUCCACGCAGCUCCUGGAGAGCCAGUCGCGGCACAGCAGCGUCAGGGACCUGAGCAGCGCCACUCAGGCUGCUCUCUUCAACCCUGGAAACGGGAUCCACAAAGUCCUGGAGGAGGACGGCUCCACAGCCUGAACUCUGAUCCCAUCUGUGAAGAACACGUGACUGGAAGCUUUGAACUGAGGAGGAAAAUCUGAUUUUCGGUCUUUUUCUAGAAGGAUGAAGAAUGUGUGAGGAUCCAGUGUGAGCGGGACACUGGUGUAGUUUCACUGUGGGAUCCCCUCUUCUGCUCAGAGCUGCAGCACCGGACUGUUGGCGUUAGCUCGGCGUGACGGCUCCAUCCGUCCAAGUUCAGAGGACUGAGUGUGGAUCAGUGCCUUAAAACGUUCUCUCACCUUUACCUGAUCCACACGCUGAUCCCCAAACACUGAAGCUCAAAGUCCAGACUCCUGAUGGUGACGACGACGCCUCACUGGGGGACCAGCUGAGCUGAAACUAGGACCAACAGACUGCAAUGGACUGGCUCUUACUAUUUCAAUACUACUGUGGAUAAAGGACUCUGAACGUAGGACAUUACAAACCUCCUCCUCCAGUCGCUGCUCACGCAUCCACUUCAUUUGAUUUCUAAGUGCUUUACAAAGGACACUGGACUUGGUUGAGUUUCUUUUAGACGUUUCCCUUACGGACUUCCAAGUCCAGUCACCUUUAGAAAAAACUUAGAAGCAAACAGAGAAGCAGGAUGAUCUUUUUUCUAAACUUACCUUUUUUUUAAAGAUUUUUAUUUACCACUUCAGCUUCUGAUGUUUCACAAUUAUUUUUAAGCUUCAUUUGUCUUAAGUUCUGUUAAAUUAACCCGCUGCAACUUUUAUUUAUAAAAGCACCCGAUUCAAAUGGUAACACAACUUUACAGAACCAACAAGUGAGUGUGGAUUUUUGCCUUAAAACGUCCUCAUUGCUUUACUCGACCCGCGAGCUAAUCCCAGAACUGAAGGUCAGAAUGAUGUCAGUCCAGGUUCCACUGGAUCUCUUGGUCUCCAUAGCGACGUCCUGAUGGCAUCUGCCCUCUACAAACACUGUACGUGUCUCCUGACCUUUUCAAAAAGCCUGGUCUCAUUUAAAACUGUGUGUAAUAUUGAGGUACGUCCCUGCACCUGUGCAGCUUUGUAUGUGAUGAAGGGAAAAAAAGUAUGUUGUUUGCCAGUUUGUGUCAAAGGGCUGAAAGACAGGGACAAGAGCUGAAUCCAAACUCCUGCCUUAUUAGGACCAUGUGUUCAGACAGAAAGACGCAGCCAUCUUUACAAGUGGAAAUCGUUUUUUUGACUUGACACACGUCCGGAUCCUUUGUCAUAAACAAACAGUGAAGAAAAACAAAAUGGAAACAACGUUGAAUUGACUGAAACGACCACAGGAAGGUCCCGUGUGCAUUUCUCUCCAGUUUCUGUCGGAACACACGUUUACACUUUGAAACAGAUAGAACGCCCUUUAACUAGUCAAACACUGAAUAGUCUCUCCUGCUACUUGUGUCCUUACUGUAGAGCUACCGUAAAUGUUAGAGCAACAUUUCCUCUAGUGGCAAAACCUGUGCAUAGAUGUAUAAACUGAAUUUGGUUGUUCAUUUGAAAUAAAGUUGUUUUUUUAAAGAAAGUACAAAAAGGAUGUUUG